CUGCAUCCAGACCAUUUCAGUGAGAUGAUGUGGUUUGGGUGCCUAUAGUGUUCCUUUAACUUUCUGUCUACUUGUUCUGUAAGUUGUGAGAUAUUGAGUAUUUCUGUAGAUAUGCUUUAAAAAAGGCAGUGAUUGUGCAUCUUUUAAAACUCUGUUUGUAUUGCAGGAUAGUGUGUGUUGGACCCUCUUUGUACAUAUACCCAUUGUGAAUAUCCGAAUAGUGUGGGGCCUUCUUUGUAUGUAUACCCCCUGUGUAUAUCCUGUAGUGUGCAUGUGGCCCUCUUACUUUACCCCCUGUGUAUAAUGUAUAGAACAUUGUGUUAUCCGUUCGUUAGUAGUGAUAACAAUCCUCCAUAUUUCCCCAUAGAAGUGUAAUUAACCCCAAACUGUCCAUAAUAAGUGUUUUAAUUCACAACUGACACUGAUCGCAAUAAACUAAAUAAAUAAUGAAUGCCACUGGUUCUUUGCAGUAUAAGGUCGAUGCGAGUUGUCAGAACAUUAAAACAAUCUCUUAAUAAGAGCACAAAAACGUAAGAUCCACACUCCUUUCAUGAUGGAAAAUGUCUGACCAGUGUAUUUUUCUCCAAUAGGUUAAUUCCUUUGAUUCAUGUCUCGCAUACUUUGACCAAACAAGAGCACCAGUCUCUGCUAGCACUGUAGCCUAGUGUUUGGAGCAAGCGAGUCAUCCAGUGAUUCCUCGACAAUAAACUAGAAGUCAGUGAUUGAGAACAUUUCGGAUCAAGUAUCAGAAAUGGACUACCGGCUGAUUGGACAUGAACAAUGCGAAUUUGAGGAACUGGCUGUUUACUUCUCCGAGGAGGAGUGGAUCUGUUUAACUAAGGAAAAGAAGGCGCUUUACAUAGAUGUGAUGAUGGAGAAUUACCUGACCCUCAGGUUUCUGGGAAGGAUUCAUAUGACGCCUUUGAUUAUAUCAGCGAUUGAGCGAGGAGAAGAGCCGUAUGUGAGAAAUCCUCUGCAGGAUAGUCUUUUGGACGCUGAUUCAGGCUUCUCCAGCUUCUUAACCUCUGCAGGGGAACUGAUUUAUUGGGAAUCUCUCCAUACAGCACAGUGUGAUGGUUCCGUGAACAGAAGUUAUCCCAAUGGACAAGAGAAGAAUAGAAAUACACUAAUCAAGACUAUGAAUGAAUCUUUUAAUAAAAAAAACAAGAACUCCAACUCUAAAAAAACAAGGAAUCUUUCAGAAUCAUUUAUGCCUAUAAAUGAUAUAAACAGAGUAAACAGAAAAACUAAACAUUUCCCAUGUUCUGAAUGGUGGAAAUGUUUUACCGGUUCAAAGAUUAUCACAAAAGAAAAACUUUUCUCGUGUUCUGAAUGUGGGAAAUGUUUCUCCUGUAACUCAUAUCUUUUAAAACAUCAGAGAACUCACACAGGAUUGAAACCCUUCUCAUGUUCUGAAUGUGGUAAAUGUUAUAGCCAAAAUUCACUUCUUGUUCGACAUCAGAGAACACACACAAACGAAAAAACUUUCUCAUGUUCUGAAUGUGGGAAAUCUUUUGUUACUAAAUCUGAUCUUGUUAGACAUUGCAGAAUCCAUACAGGAGAAAAACCUUUCGCUUGUUCUGAAUGUGGGAAAUGUUUUAGUGUGAUUUCAAACCUUAGUAUGCAUAAAAGAACUCACACAGGAGAAAAACCCUACUCAUGUUCUGAAUGUGGGAAAUGUUUUAUCAGUAGAUCACAUCUUGUUGCACAUAUGAGAAUUCACACAGGGGAGAAGCCUUUCUCUUGUUCUGAAUGUGGGAAAUGUUUUGUUACAAUGUCCGAUCUUGGGAAACAUCGGAGAAUUCACACAGGAGAGAAACCAUUUUCAUGUGCUGAAUGUGGGAAAUGUUUUGUUAGUAAAUCAGAGCUUAUUACACAUAGGAGAACUCACACAGGAGAGAAACCAUUCUCGUGUUCUGAAUGUGGGAAAUGUUUUAGCCAACACUCACAUCUUGUUAGCCAUCAGAGAACUCACACAGGAGAGAAACCUUUUUCAUGUUCUAAAUGUGGGAAAUGUUUUGGCCGGCAUGCACAUCUUAUUAACCAUCAGAGAACUCACACAAAAGAGAAAUGUGAUGUUAUGAAUGUGGGAAAGGAUGUUGUCAACUCUAAGGUUUCAGAAAUCCUCAAAGGAUUAAUAUGGGAAUAAACCAUUUUGUAUUGUGAAUGUGAGAAAUACUAAAAACUGUAAUGCAGAUUUUAUAUUUAGCAUCCAGUUUCCACUAUAGCAAAACCUCUAACGCUGACACUAUUAGGGUUAUUCACUAAAGUGAAUUUGACAUUUUAAGCCAGAGUAGCCAACCUGAAAGCAUGGUUAACUUUGAGAAUAUUUCCACUUUAGAUAUUUUCACUUUAUGUGUGAAAAUCAUCUUGAAUUCUCACGUUAGUAAAUAAUCCUGUAUAAAAAUAACUCCAAUUA